AUGGAAUAUGAUGGCAAAUUCAAAGUUGUUCUCAAAAAUGAAUUGGGUGAAAUUAUCAGUGGUACACAAGUAAAUGUCAAACGGUCAUCGAAGACGGCACAAACUCAAGCGCCAACAAAGAAAAUAAGCACAUCCGAAGUUCCAUCACUUUCAUCAGACGAACUAUUAUUAACGACGGCAAGUGGUAGUCAAGGUGACAUCAUGUCGAGCGAGCUAGCCGGUACUACUCUCGAUCGUCGUACUAGUACAUUAGGCAUACCAGAAGGCAAACCGACCUUUACUCAACCACUGGAGAGUGAGUUAUUAAUCAAUGAAGAUGAACAACUCGUCCUCCAAUGUACUAUUUCUGGCAAUCCAUUACCACAAUUGAUUUGGUUAUUUAAUGAUCGAAAAGUAAUUGCUGGUAAUGAUUAUCAACGAAACAGUGAACAGUUGAAUCCACAUUCUGUUCGUCAUCAACUUAUAAUUAGUCCUAAACAGAAAAAAAUUGGCGUUUAUAAGGCUCAAGCACAAAACACAUAUGGUCAUACAAUAUGUACAUGUUCAGUGAAAAAAUCUGCUCAUGCAAUAAAUCAACAAAAGAAAGCUGCAUUCGGAGAAGCUGAAUUACAAAUACCUGCAGCACCGCCUCAACGACGUCGUUCAAGCGCAGCAUCGCCAGUUAAUGUUGAACAAACACAAAACCCCAUUCUUGUCCAAGGUCUUUCAAUAUUACAAAUCGAUUUAGGUUCGCCAUGUGCAUUGACAUGUAAAUCUAAAUAUGAUACCGAACAACAAUGGUUUAAAGAUGGUCAACCAAUUAUUGGUACAAAACCAACAGAUAAUAUAUUCACGAAAACUGAUCGUACAAACGAUGGCAAUAUUCAUGUACUCAAUAUUAAACGCUUCCAACAAGAAAAUAUUGGAAAUUAUGAAUUAGUUCUUAAAAAUAGUCUUGGACAAAUUAAUUCUCAAGGGCAGUUAGAAAUGAAAGGUAUACUACCAGCAUUUACUCUCGAACCAAAAUCGGCAGCCGUUGUCAAAGGAAAAUUGGCUGAAUUUAAUUGUCGUGUAUCUGGAAGUCCAAAACCAGAGGUUCAAUGGUUUCUUAAUGAUAAACUUUUACAACCGAGUAGUAGAGUAUCUAUUGUUGAAGAACGCGGUUUAAUUAUUCUUCGUAUUAAUAAUAUAACCGAUGCUGAUACUGGCACAAUAAAAUGUCUUGUUAAAAAUGCUUUAGCAGAAAUUAAAAGUGAAGUACAAUUACUAAUAACUGGUGAACAACGUGCGCCAAAAAUUAUUGAUAAAUCACGACCAACUAGCGCUAAUGCUGGUGAAAGCGUCGAGCUUUUUGUUAAAAUAUCUGGUGCACCCGUACCUACAGUUACAUGGACUCGUAAAGGUAUGACUAUAUCGUCGAAUGAACUUUAUGAAUUACGUUCCGAUAAUGAAACAUACUAUUUAUUAAUUAAAAAAGCUGUUGCUGAUGUUGUUGGUACCUAUGUUAUAACAGCUGUUAAUACAGCUGGCAAAGCUACAGCAGAUAUUGAUCUUACUAUAACUGGUUUAAGUACAUUAUUCGAACGACCACUACGUGAUAUAUCUGUUUCACAAGGACGUCUAUUUGCUCUUGAUUGCGAAGUUAAUACGAAGAAAGGUGUUCCGACUAUCGUAUGGAUGAAAGAUAACCAACCAAUUGUUAAAUCAGAUCGUAUAACUCCGUCUGUUAAAGGCAAUAAAGUUCAUGUUUUAACAAUAAAACAAGCGUUACCAUCGGAUACUGGUUACUAUAGCAUAAAAGCAACAUUAGGUAAUGAAGUAAGCACAUCUGAUGCUCAAGUACUCGUUGAAAUUCCUCCAACAAUUGUUAAAAUACCUGAUGCAAUUACUAUCGUCGAUGGGCAAGAUUGCGAAAUCGAUAUUGAAGUCACUGGUUUACCAUCGCCAAUUAUUAAAUGGUCACAUUUAGCUCAAGAUUUAAAAACAAAUGCAAAAUAUAAAAUAACUUCCGAUGGUAAUCAUCAUCAAUUACGUAUUCAACGUGCUACUGUUGACGAUGCUGGCGAGUAUCAAGUCAUGUGUUCAAAUAAUAUUGGUCGUACAACAGGAAAAAUUACUGUUCAAAUAUCAUCACCGCCGGCUGUAGUCGAACCAUUAAAAGACUUAUUCGUACCAAUCAAACGUUCGGCACGAUUAGAAACACAUAUAUAUGCAUUUCCAGUAGCAAAAGCUACUUGGUCAAAAAAUGCUAUACCCAUUGAUUUUAGUUUAUAUGGAGCAAGAAUUGUUGCUGAAGAAAAACGAGGCAUCUAUUCGCUAGUUAUUAAAAAUAUUCAAUUAGAUGAUGGAGGAUUUUAUGUAUGUACAGCACAAAAUUCAUUUGGACAAGUUAAAACAUCAGCAACAUUAACGAUUGAAAUGGCUCCGAUAUUUUUACAUAAAUUAGAUAAACUAGAAGGAGUCGAAAAUUGUGAUAUCGAUAUACGUGUUCAAGUUGCUGGAUAUCCAAAACCAAAAAUAGAUUUUGCAUUUAAUCAAAAUACACUUGACUUACGAGGACGAUAUGCAUUAAAAGAGCUUAAAGACGGAUGGUAUGUGUUUACCAUCUCAAAUACUAAACGAUCUGAUGCUGGCUCGUAUACAUGUACAGCAACAAAUUCUCUUGGUCAAGCAUCCUGUAUAGGAAAAUUAACAUUAUUUCAAUUAGCGGCACCAAAUUUUACUAAGACGUUAACUGAUGCAUUAUUUCCAGUUGGUGGAAUAUUAAAAACUGAUUUGAAAGUCAGUGGCCUACCAUUACCGCGUUUAACAUGGCUGAAAGAUGGACAAGUAUUCGAUGAAAAUGAUCGUAUAUCAAUUGUAUUUUAUCCACUUACAGCAACAUGGACAUUAACAAUACGUGAAUGUCAAGAAAGUGAUAGUGGUUCAUAUGAGUGCCGUGCAAAAAAUCCCGGUGGAGAAAAGACAACACAAUGCCAAAUAACAGUUUCCGGUGAAGCACCAGCAUUUAUUGAUUCACCAGAAAAAGUUAGUUGUUUGGAAGGACAGACGGCUGUUUUUGGUUGUCGUGUCAGUGGAGAUCCAAAUCCAAUGGUUGUGUGGUCGAGAGGCAAAGGAAAACAAUUUACAGAAAAUACACAAAAAUAUGCACUUUAUUACGAUGAAGAACUUGAUGCACAUUUCUUUGAAAUUAAUCAAUAUAAUGAAGCUGAUACUGGCAUUUAUACUGUGACAGCUCAAAAUAUACACGGAACUAUAACAAAACCAGUUUCAUGUUUUCUUGCAACAAAACCAGAAGAAGUUAUUGAUUAUAAGAGUGUUCUUCGUAAAAUGGAAGCCUUAGUAAAAGCCGGUCAAGGUGGACCUGAUUGGGGUAAAUUACGGAAAGGUAAAGCUAUAGCCAAAGGGCCUGCUGAUCCCGGUUGGCAAUAUAAAUUAAAACAUUUUGAAUUAAUGACUGAAGCACAACUUGCACAAUAUAAUCAAGCUCAACCAGUUGAUCUCAUCGGUUUACCGCCAGGUCAAUUAGGUGCUCGUCUUUCGCGUGGAAGUCUUGCUACAGGUGAAGGUUUCGAAAGUGAUGACGGACUUGGAUUAAAUGUACCAACACCGCCAGGCGGAGCGAAAGGCCGUAAAACAUCUCGAAUGGGUCUUGUUACAUUUACUAAACAAUUAUCCAAUGUAGCUGUGCACGAAGGUAAACAUGCUACAUUUGAAUGUAGCAUAUCUGACGUUGAAACACCAGUAACGUGGCUAUUUAAUGAUAAACCUAUACCUGCUCAACGUGCUCAAACAUUAGCUAUUGGCAAAACACGUCGUCUUAAUAUCAAAGAGUGUUUAUUAAGUGAGAAUCAUUCAACAGUAACAUGUGUAUUAGACGAAGCGACAAAAACUAGUGCACAAUUAGUUGUUGAAGAAGAAGCAUUCGAAUUUACAGAUAAAUUAAAAAAUCUAAAAAUCAAACGUGGUGAUAUAUGUGAAUUAAAUUGCACAGUUAAUAAACCAAAUAUUACUUUGCAAUGGUUUAAAGAUGGCAACUUAAUAACCAAUAUUAAAGAAGAAAUUAAUGGUCUAGUUCAUAAAUUAAUUAUAACAAAUGCAGACGUAAACGAUAAAGGUGUUUAUGUAGCUAAAUAUCUAAAUGCACAAACAGAAGGCAACGUUGAAGUAUUAGGUGCACCACAAAUUGUCAAACCACCAACAAAUUCUAUUCUUCUACUUGGCCAAUCAGUUGUUCUUACUGCUGAAAUAACUAGUAAUCUAAAGCCAACAGUAACAUGGUUAUUUAAAGGUCAGCCAAUUAAGUCCAGUGCAACUAAACAUCAAAUCGAAGCUAAAAAAGAUGGUAUUUAUACAUUAACAAUUCUUCGUGGUGAUGCUGCAGAUGAAGGUCUGUAUUCGGUUGUUGCUGAAAAUUCAGUUGAUAAAGCUCAAGCUGAUGCUACAGUAAAUGUCUGUAGUAAACCGAAAAUCGAUAAAUUAGCUGAUGUUGCUCUUAAUAUUGGUGAAAAUCUUCGUAUAACAUGUCAAUAUUCUGGACGCCCAGCGCCAACUAUAACUUGGUAUAAAGAUGGACAAGUAAUUCCAGCUGAUGAUCAACGUAUUAGAAUUACACAAGAAUCAGCAACAUUAUCUGUGUUAACAAUAAAUAAUGCAAAUUUGAAUGAUACGGGUGUUUAUUCUGUUAAAUUACAAAACAUUGCUGGUGAAGUUGAAGGAAAAUCGAAUGUCAAUGUUAAACCAACUAAACCAACACUAACACGUGAUCUCAAUCCAACAUAUGUUGGCGUUAAAAAUGAAGAUCUUAUUCUAUCCAUAGCUGGUACUGGUAAUCCAUAUCCAACAUGUCAAUGGUUUAAAAAUAAUACUGAAUUAACUCAAUCAUCUGAUGAGCGUAUCGAAUUUAAGGAAGAUAAAACAACGAAUGAAUUUUUUAUUAUUAUUAAAAAUACAAAUCAACACGACAUUGCUGAAUAUCAAGCACAAUUAACUAAUGCUGCUGGUUUAAUUAAAUCGAAAAAAUCGAAAAUUUCUAUACAAAAACAACCCGUUUUCGUUAGAAAACCACAAACAACUACAGCCAAUCUCGCUGAAACAUGUCAAAUUGAAUGCGAAAUUGAUGCAUUGCCACAUGCUAAAGUUACAUGGUUAAUCGGUGGUAAACCAGUUUCAAUGAAGGAUGGUUAUGAAACAACAUUCGAUGCACAAACUGGUAUUGCUACUUUGAUUAUUAGAAACGUUGCAACAAAACAUGCUGGUUCAGUAACUGUCAAAGCUGAAAAUACAAUUGGUACAACUGAAGAAAUAUUCAAUAUUAAUAUUCGCUCUACGCCAAUUCUUCUUAAACCAUUAACAGACACGGAAGUUCUUACGAAUAAUGAUGCAACAUUGACUUGUACAUUUCAAUCAUCGCCACAAGCAACUAUUCAAUGGUUUCAUAAUGGUCAACCAUUGGCAUUGUCACCAAAUAAAUAUGAUAUUUCAUAUGAUUCAACUACAAAUCAACAUAAAUUAAUUAUUAAAAAUGCUCUAUUAGAAGAUCAUGGAACUUACAGUGUACAAGCAACAAAUGAACUUGGCCAAACACAAACAGAAGCUAAACUUCAUGUUGUCAAUGCACCUAUUUUUGUUGAUGGGUUACAAGAUCAAUCCGUUGCUGCUAGACAAUCUAUUGAAUUGUAUAUUAAAGUUCUUGGUACACCACAACCAACCAUAACAUGGUAUAAAGCUGGAAAAGAAAUCAAAUCCGAUGAGAAAAAAUAUUCAAUUGUACCCAUCGAUACUGAAGGAAAUGCUAAAUUAAUCAUAAAAGACGUUGGUGAAGAAGAUCAAAAUUUCUAUACAUGUGUAGCUAAAAAUAAAAUUGGUACAAAUCAGACUGAAGGACAUUUGAAAGUUUUAGCACCAUUACAAUUUAUUCAACCAUUAAAAGAUCAAGAUCUACUUGCACUAUCAUCAUGUGUAUUAACUGUUGAAGUAAACGGAAUACCAAAACCGACAGUUAAAUGGUUUUUUAAUGAUCAAGAAAUUAAAAAUACACCGAAAAGUAAAAUUGAAACAAAACAAAAUGUUCAUACAUUAUCAUUACCGAAAGUUGAUUUACCUGAAGAUGGUAUUUACAAAUGUGUUGCAACCAAUGCUGAUGGAAGCGUUGAAACACAAGCUCAUCUAUCUGUUUGCACUAAACCGAAAGUCGAGGGCAAAGCCAAUGAUGUUACUGCUCAAAUCAGCCAAUCACCAGAAUUACAUACUGCAUUCAGUGGUUUACCAAAACCAACUGUUACUUGGUAUAAAGGUAAUGAUCUCACUAAUCCAAUACAAUCCGAUGAUAAUAUUGAAAUAAGUGAAUUACCUGAUGGUACACAAGUACUUAAAGUGAAAAAAGCUGAUGUAACAGAUAGUGCAGUAUAUACUGCUCGUGCAACAAACAAAGUUGGGACAGUUGAUUCAAAGAUAAAUUUAGUUAUUAAAGAAAUAAAACCACAUAUUAUAUCUGAUAUUACUAAUAUGACUGCUAUUCGAGAUGAACCGAUAGAAUUUACGAUUAAAGCAGCUGGUAAUCCUCAGCCAACAAUUCGUUGGUUUAAAAAUGAAACUGAAGAAAUUCUUUCAACAAAUCAAGAUUUUGAAUUUAUUCAAGAUGCUUCAACAGAUACUUUUAUGUUAAAAAUACAUAAAUGUAAACCUGAACAUCAAGGUGAUUAUUCAGCUUUGUUAACAAAUACAGGUGGAUCCGCUAAAUCUAAAAAAGGCAAAUUAAUUGUUACAAAAGUGCCUGAAUUUUUGGAAAAACCAACAUCAGUUGAUGCUAAUGAAAAUGACUUAGCUGAAUUUCAUGCUAAAGUUGAUGCCUUCCCGGCAGCUAAAAUUACUUGGUUAUUUGAAGGUAAACCAGUUUCAGUUAAAGAAGGAUUUGAUGUACACACUGACCAAGCAACGGGCACAUCUGUAUUAACUAUUAAACAAGCAUUACCAAAACAUAUCGGUAAAAUUAGUGUUAAAGCUGAAAAUGCAUCAGGUUCAGUUGAAGAAACUGUUCAAUGUUCUGUAAAAACUGGACCGAAAAUUACAAAAAAACCAACAGAUAUUGAAGCUUUACUACAUACCGAUGCUGUUUUUCUUAUCGAUGUAUCAGGCUCACCUAAACCAGAAGUUGAAUGGAUUCAUCUUGGUCAAACAGUUAUACCUUCAGGAAAAUAUGAAAUAAUUGAAGGAGAUGCAACAGUUACUAAAUUAAUCAUUCAUGAUGUCACACCCGAAGAUGAAUCGCCGAUACAAAUCAAAGUUAAAAAUUCACUUGGUCAAACUGAAGCUACAGUUCAAUUGAAAGCACUUGAAACACCACGCAUCGAACCACAAUUGACUGAUCAACAAGUAACACUUAGUGAUACACUUACUCUUAAAACAAAUGUGUACGGGCGACCAAAUGUUGAUAUUCAAUGGUUAAAAGAUCAAAAACCAAUUUCAUCAUCUGAUAGAAUUAAAAUUGAACGUAAUAAUAAUGAAUGUUCAUUAACAAUAGAAAAUAUUAAAGAAGAAGAUAUUGGAGCAUAUGUAUUAUCAGUGAAAAAUAAACUUGGCAAAGUCGAUACAACAUCCAAUGUUAAAGUCACUGCACCAUUAAAUUUUACUAAGCCAUUAGAUGAUUUAGACAUCAUACAAGGUUCAAAUGGAGUUCUAUCGGUCGAUUGUGGAGGUGUACCAAAACCGAAAUUAACUUGGUAUUUCAAUGGCAAUGAAAUUAAAUCAAAUCAGAAAACUCGUAUUGAAACAAAAGGUUCAACAAGUAUAUUAACAAUCAACAAAGCUGACAUGAUUGAUAUUGGCGUUUAUAAAGUCGUUGCUGAUAAUGGAAAAGAAACAGUUGAAACACAAGCAAAUAUUGAUGUUUGUGUUAAACCGAAAGUCGAGGGUAAACUUACUGAUGUAACAUGUAUAUUAAAUGAAACAGCGAAACUUAGUGUUAAAUUUUCUGCUGUACCAACCGCAGUUAUUACAUGGUAUAAAUCUGAUGGUACUGAAAUAACACCCGAUGAUCGCAUUCAAAUUGUUAAUGAUGACCAUGGGCAAUCAACAUUAACGGUUAAUAAGACGGUAUCACAAGAUGCUCAAGCAUAUAUUGCUCGUGCAGUGAAUAAAGUUGGAUCGGUUGAUGCAAAAAUUAAUCUUAAUAUUAAAGAAGUAAAACCAGCAUUAAAACAUGAUAUUGAACCACAAACAAUCAAUGUUGGCGAUGAACUUGUCUAUCGUCUUCUUGUUGGUGGUCGUCCGCUGCCUACGGUUAAAUUCUUUAAAGAUGGUAAUGAGAUAGGUCCGAUUACUGUUGAAGAAUCUUCUACAACAGAUGAUUCUCUCACUACAGCUGUUUUGCGUAUUCCGCAUGCUGCUUUAACGGAUCAAGGUGAAUAUCAAGCUUCAAUUGAAAAUUCAGCGGGUGUUGUUAAAACUAAAAAAGUUAAAGUUACUGUUCAACAAACUCCUACAUUCUUAAAAACACCUGAAGAUGCAAGCGUUAGUCAAGGCAAAGAAGUAACAUAUGAAGCUCAAAUUUCAGCACAUCCGACAGCCAAAGUAACUUGGUCACUUAAUGGAAAAUCAUUAACACCAAAUGCUGAUUGCGCUAUUGCUUUCGAUAAUGCAACACAAAAAGCAUCAUUAACAUUACGUAAAAUUGAUGUUGCUAAACAUACAGGUAAAAUAACAUGUCAAGUAGAAAAUCCAGCAGGAAAAGUGACACACGAUGCUAAGCUUAGUGUUUUUACACAACCAAAACUACUUAAACCAUUACAAGAUGAAAGUAUUGUCGAAGGGCAAGAUACAACAUUAUCGAUUGAAGCCAUUGGCUAUCCAUCGCCGAAUAUACAAUGGUUUUUUAAUGAUCAACUAAUAUCGCCAACGGAUCAACAUUAUCAAAUAGUUACCAAAGAAGAAGAACAUUUAUAUGAACUUAAAAUUAAACAAACAAAAUCAACUGAUAUAGGAACUUACAAAGUUGUUCUAACCAAUUCUGAAGGUGAAAUAGCAAGUCAAGCUAAUUUAAAUGUUCAACUUGCACCUGUCAUAAGUUCUCUUGAACCAAAAAUCGAAGGUAUUCAAGGUCAACAAGUAAUCAUAUCAUGUCAAGUAUCUGGAAAUCCAAAACCUGAAAUAACAUUCUUAAAAGAUAAAAAAGAUGUCACAACAUUGGAAGAUAAAAAUCGUUUUCAAAUUGAAUAUGAUGAAAAAACUGAUGAAGUACGUUUAAUUAUUUCUAAUGUUAAAGAUGAUGAUCAUGGCAAAUAUACUGUUCAAGCAAAAAAUCCUGUUAGUACAAUUGAAGAACAAACAACUGUAACGAUAGCAGCUCAAUUAGCAUUUACUGAAGGAUUACAAGAUACAGAUGUUAUAAGUGGACAAAAUUUAACAUUAACAUGUCAUUGUCAAGGUAUACCGAAACCGACAGUCAAAUGGUAUCAAAAUGAACAUGAAAUUAAAUCAACAACAAAACAAAAAAUUGAAUCAAAACCUGAUGACGUCCAUACAUUAACAGUAAAUCGUGUUGAUUUAACCGAUGGUGGAGUAUUUAAAGUAGUGGCAACAAAUCCACAAGGUUCAGUAACAUCAACAUGUAAUGUUACUGUUCUUAUGAAACCUAAAAUUGAAAGUAAACAACAAGAUAUACAAGUUACUAUCGGUGAACCAGCACAAUUCAGUGCUAAAAUAUCUGGUUUACCCAAACCAACUAUUCAAUGGUUUAAGAACGGUCAACCAUUCGAUAUUGAUAAUGAACGUAUAAAAACUGUUGAAAACGAUGAUGUAUAUUCGUUAGUAUUUGAAAGCACACAAAUAGAAGAUAAAGCAUCGUAUACAUUUAAAGCAACCAAUCGAGCUGGUGAUAUUGAAUCACCUAAAAUGGCACUGAAUGUAACAACUACUCAACCGAAAAUUCGACUUGAUUUACAACCAACAUUAAAUGUAACUAAAAAUGAAUCUAUUGUUUUGACAAUCCAAGCUGACGGCAAACCUAAGCCACAUAUACAAUGGUUUAAAGGAACAGAGGAAAUUUCUAGAAAUCAAACUGGCGUUAAAAUUAUCGAAGAAGGUGAUAACACAUAUAAAUUAAUUAUUGAACAAGCAACAGAAAAUGAUCACGGAGAAUAUAGUGCCAUCAUUCAAAAUGCGGCUGGACAAGUCAAAUCAAAGAAAACAAAUGUUGUUGUUACAAAAUCACCUGAAUUUUUGUCCAAACCUACGGAUACCACUUUCAGACAGGGUGAUACAGGUACAAUCGAAUGCCAAGUUGAUGGUUUUCCAUUACCUAAAAUAACUCUUUUACAUAAUGGUAAACCUUUAACACCCAAAGAUGGUAUUGAACAUACCUAUGAUGCAGCAACUCAUCGUCUUAUAAUAACUGUUAAAAAUGCUCGUUUUGAUCAAGCUGGCACAAUAACUUGUAAACUUGAGAAUACACUAGGUUCAACGGAAACGUCAUUUCAAUUCAAUGUUACCGCUGGCCCAUCUAUUACUAAAGGUUUAACUGAUCAAGAAUGUGUGCUAGGAAAAGAAUUUCGUUUAUCUCUUACUACAUCAGCAAAUCCAAAACCAACAGUAAAAUGGUUUAAAGAUAAUGUUGAAUUACAAAAUAUGGGCACGCAAGCGUCUGAUGAUACAUACGAAUUAGUUAUUCCAAAUGUUAAACUAGAAGACGAAGGCAUUUAUAAAGCUGUUGUUGCCAAUGAUAUUGGCGAUAGAGAAACUCAAUGUAAACUAACUGUUACACAACCCUCAGAACUAAAAUGUGAUUUUACUGAACAACAAAUUAUUGCUUUGGGUCAAACCAUACAUCUUUCAUGUCAAGUUAGCGGACGUCCACAACCAGAUGUAAUAUGGACAAAAGAUGGCAAAGAAAUUAAAGCAUCUGAUCGUGUUGAAAUUAUUAAAAAUGUAGAUGGUACUUGUUCAUUAACAAUUAAACAAGCUACAUCAGAAGAUAAAGGUGUUUAUAAAGUUAUUUGUAAGAAUAAACUACAAACACGUGAAGCUCAAACACAAGUUCAAAUAACGUCAGCAUUGAGAUUCAACGCAUCACUCAAAGAUAAUAUUGCACAAGUUGGACAAAGUGUAAUAUUUGAAAUCGAUUGUGAAGGUUUACCAAAACCAACAAUAAAAUGGCUCUUCAAUGGUCAAGAAAUCAAUGCAUCACCAAAAUAUAAAAUCGAAUCAAAAGGAAAUGUUACUAAAUUAACAUUAUCGAAAGUUGAUCUUGUUGAUAGUGGUUUAUAUGAAGCUAUUGUUUCAAAUGGCAUUGACACAAUUAACACUCAAUCUAAACUUGAUGUUUGUGUCAAACCAAAAGUUGAAGGUAAACCAUCCGAUGUCAAUGUUCAUGUCAAUGAAUCAGCUAAAUUACAAUGUAAAAUAUCUGGUUCACCAUCGCCAACUAUUGUCUGGCUUAAAGAUGGUCAACCAAUCGAACAAUCAGAUAAUAUCACAAUACAAAGUGAACCAGAUGGCACGCAAACUCUUCUUGUUAAAUCUACUCAAAUAACCGAUAAAGGCAGUUAUGUAUGUCAAGCAACAAAUAUAGGUGGUACAGUGGACGUUAAAUUAAACUUGAAUGUUCAACAAGUAAAACCAACGUUGAAAUCAGAUCUCAUGAAAGAUAUCGUAGCUCUCGCCGAUGAGCCAGUUGCACUUACAAUACAAGCAGCUGGUACAAAACCGAAAGUGAAAUGGUAUAAAGAUGGCGAAGAAAUUAUUGAAACAGUAGAAGAAGAGUAUGAAAUUAUUGAAGAAGAAGAAACAUAUACAUUGUUAAUUAAACGUGCACAACCAAAAGAUAGUGGUGAAUAUCAAGCUGUUAUUACCAAUGAUGCUGGACAAGUCAAAUCGAAGAAAAUCAAAGUUCAAAUACAAAAAGCAGCGCACUUGAAAAAGAAACCAGAUCCUAUUGUAACUGUUAAGCAAGGUGAACAAGCACGUUUUGAAUGUGAAUUUGUUGGUAAUCCAUCGCCAAAAGUAUCUUGGCUACGAGAUGGAAAACCUUUAACGCCCAAAGAUGGUUUUGAAAUCAAAACAGAUACAACAACAGGGACAAGUGUAUUAGUUAUUAAUCAAACAACAACAAAACAUUCAGGUCCAAUAACAUUACGUUUGGAAAAUUCCGCUGGGCCACCGAUUGAAGAAAUAAUUCAAUUACAAGUUGAAACAGCACCGCAACUAUUACAAAAACCACAGGCAGUAACUGAAGCGCAUUUAAAUCAAACAGCUUCAAUUGCAUUUAAAUGUUUAUCAACUCCUAAACCAGUAAUACAUUUAUUUAGAAAUGAUGAUGAAAUACAAUUAACCGAUGAACAUUAUGAAAUUGUAAUAAAUCCAACGGAUCUUACAUCAUAUGAAAUUAAAAUAAAGAAUGUUCAAAUUGAAGAUGAAGGAAAUUAUCGUAUUUACAUUGAAAAUUCUCUCGGAAAUAUUGAAUCAAAUUUUCAAUUAGCAACUGUUGAUAAUGUAUCAAUUAAAUCAUCAGCACAACCCAUAAAUACAGAUUUAAAACAGCAUGACACACUAGUACUUGAAUAUACUGUUAGUGGACGACCAAAACCUGAUGUUGUAUUUAUGAAAGAUGGCAAAGAAAUCAAAGCAUCUGCGAAAACACAAAUAACAUAUGAUGAAACAACUAAUAUUUAUCGAUUAAUUACAACUGAUGUUGGACAAGACGAUCAAGGUGUUUAUACGUUGGUAGCGAAAAAUAAAUUGGGCAGACAAGAAAGUGAACCCGUUAAAAUAAAUGUGACAGCACCAUUAACUAUUAAACGACAACUACCAGGCACAGUUGAUUGCAUUUUUAAUGAACAAACAACAUUAACUAUUGAAGCUGAAGGUAUUCCUCAACCAAAAAUAACUUGGCUAUUUAAUGAUCAACCACUUAAAUCUUCGCCAAAACAUAAAAUUGAAACAUCAAAAGAAAAUCCACGUUUAACUACUUUAACAAUUACAAAAUUAGAUCAUCCAGAUGACGGAAAAUAUACUGCUAUUAUUGAUAAUGGCCUUGAAAAAGUUCAAUCUGAUUGUCAAUUACAUGUUUAUACAAAACCUAAAUUAGAAUCAAAGUUAGAUUCAACAUUUACAUUUAAUUAUGGUGAACCAGGUUUGAUACCAUUGCAUAUCAGUGGUGACGAUAAUACUAUAACAUGGUUGAAAGAUUCACAUCCUAUUGAACUUAACGAUCGUGUACGUUUUAUUACAGAAGAAAAUAAUUUAUAUAAAUUAGUUAUUGAUGACGUUCGUUCCGAAGAUAAAGGUAUUUAUACAAUUCAAGUUAAAAAUAAAGGUGGACUUGUAGAACUUAAGACAACAGUUAAUGUCAAAGAGCAAAAACCACAAAUUCUAUUUGACUUAAAUGAUGCUCCAGGCAUUAAUGUAGCUAAAAUUGGUGAAGAAUUUUCAUUAGAAAUUCAGGCACAAGGUAAACCAGCUCCACAUGUAGCCUGGUUAUUCAAUGGACAAGAAUUAUCUACAGAUUCUACGGAUUAUGAAUUGAUUGCUACUGAAGAUGGUCAUUACCGUCUUGUGUUUCAUCAAUUUAAUGAGCAUUAUCUUGGAGAAUAUCAAGCUAUUAUAACAAGUUCUGCAGGGACAAUUAAAACAAAGAAAGUUAAAGUCACUGGACAACAAAUACCAUUCUUCACACAAGAACUACCACAGUUUGUUCAAGUUAAGACCGGUGAAAAAUUAACUAUUGAAUGUACAACUAAAGGAUAUCCACCACCAAAAGUAUCUUGGUCACUGAAUGGAAAAAUUUUAACUAAUAAAGAUGGUUAUGAUAUUAAAUUUGAUCAAGCAACAGGUCACGCUACAUUUAUUAUUCCAAAUGCAACAAUGAAACAUAUUGGAAAAUAUGAAUGUAAAAUUGAGAAUCAAUAUGGUACACAUGCAACUGAAAUUAAUAUAGAUGUUCUUGCACCACCCAAUGUUCAACAAAAAAUGCAAGAUUUCGAAAUCUGUCGUGGACAAGAAGUCACUAUCACAGUUACAGCUGAUGGUAGUCCAUUACCAACGUGUACAUGGCUUUACAACGAUACACCAAUUCAAGUUCAACCAGAUCAUAUUGAGAUUAUUAAUGAUGGACCAGUGCAUAGUUUGAGAAUACUUAAUGCUGAAUUAACCGAUGAAGGACAAUAUAAAGCUGUUAUUGAAAAUCAAAUGGGUAAAACAGAAUUAGUCAGUCAAGUAACUGUCAUGGAUGCACCUGAUAUUGCUUCUGAACCUGCUGAAAUACGUAUCAAUCAAGGUGGCUCAUGUAAACUUCAAUGUCAUGCUUCGGGUAAGCCAUUACCUGAAGUAAAAUGGACAAAGAAUGGCAAAGAAAUAAAAUCCACUGAACAUCUUUUACUUGAAUCAUUACCUGAUGGUAUUCAUUACUUAACAUUAACUGAUGCUCAAGCAGAUCACAGUGGACAAUAUAUUGCUAAUGUUAAACAUAAAGUUCGAACACAACAAAUGAUUUUUAAUAUUAUUGUUACGGCUCCACUUACAUUGAAACAAACACCAAGUGAUGUUAAUGUCUUACAAACACAAAAUGCUCAAAUUGCACUAGAAUUUGAAGGCUUACCUAGACCCAACAUUACUUGGCUCUUUAAUGGAAAUCCUAUUCAACCAUCAGCUAAAUAUAAAGUGGAAAUGAAAGGAAAUCAAUUCAUCCUAAAUGUCAACAAGACUGAUUUUGCUGAUUCAGGUAUAUACACAGCCAUUAUUGAUAAUGGCAUUGAAAAACUCGAAGUUCCCGUGACAAUGCAUAUUGGAGUCAAACCAAAAGUUGAAGCUCCAAAACCAGCCAAUGAUCAGACAUGUACCAUUGGUCAAGAUACACAAAUAUCAUGGAAAUUUAGUGGCAUUGAGAAACCUCAUGUAACUUGGUUCUUC